GGCGAAGUCGCACAAUUCCACUUCUGGAGAGCAUCCAACCCGCGAAGCGAUCUCCGACUUGGCCGGCGCGCGAAGGAAGUACACACCUCCCCCAUCAUGUUGAAAGCAGGAUGCGUCUUGCUUGCAGGCCUAGGAGUUGUGGCGGUGCAAGCCACGCCGGCGUCGCCCGCGCUCAAAUGCGCGCUGAGUGUCACGACGUCGCAAUUGUGCCUUGCAUGUCAAACGUUGGACCCGAUCUGCACCCCCCGCACCAACACAAUCACCGUGAACGUUGUCGAGGCAGCUCUGCCCAAACUAUGUGCGGAGCCGCUGACGUGCACGUAUGAGAUCCCGACCAACUACAUGUCGAGGCUCACGUGCUCAGACCCGUCCAACCUCGUCUCGACCUUGUACACCAUCACAUAUCCUUCCCCACCACAAGCAAAUAUCGACAUGAAUGUUCAUAUUCCAUAAUAGGGUCUUCCGACGAGCGUACGCACAAGGGAAGGUGUACUGGCUCCUCAACAACUCGACGUUUGCGUCCAUGAAUGGCCUGGCCAACUUGCGGUUUCACGGCGGCCGACCGAGCAGCAUGGCAGGGAAGGACGACCCGCAGGUCGACUACUUUGUCGUCGACUUGAACGAGUACGCGUACCUGCCCAAGUCGCUGUCCGAGCUGACACUUAGCAACACAUACACGUCCAGCUUGAACCUAACGUCGAACUCUCAAUUGAUGACGUUGUACGCUCGUCACUUGUCCUUCAACAUCCAUCCAUCCAUCGCAUUGUCUUCAUGUGGCGUACGUAGGAACGUCCAAGGAAGCCUCAUGACUCGGCUGCCUCCCACUGGCAUCUCGUCCUUGUCGACGCUGAGCUACAACAGCAUCGACGUGUGGCCAUUCCCUUCCGAAGUCCUCGACAUGGACAACCUCGCCACCAUUGACCUCUCGCACAAUGAAUUUAUCAAUCCCAACUUCAUCUCAGACGCUCAAUUCCAAAAGUUCAACGACUUCGUCAACACAACCAAACUGUCGAUGCAUAGCACGGUAUUCCAAGACUGUCCGCCCGCGUACAUGUCGAAAUUUUGCCGCAAUUACAAGUCGCCGUUGACAGCGGCCAUCCCCAUCAGCCCGGGCCCGUCGGCUAGCGCCAUCACAACCCUCGUCGUUGUCAGCUGCAUCGCAUCGCUACUCGUGCUCGUGGCUAUCGUCGUACAUCGUCGCAGCCGCCACGCCACCGACAUGUCGCCAGGCGCACUCAACUCGAACUCACCAGACGACGACUUUUAUGGCAUCGACGAAGUGUAUGCGACAACGCAAACCAUGUCCAAGUUCAAGACGGCGGGCGCGAACGACGCAUCGCUGACCAAGAUCCCCGCGGCGGACGUCCAGCUGGCGCGGUGCCUUGGCGGGGACAUCUGGAUGGGCGAGAUGGAGACUGCGAACGUGCGCAUUGUGCUGCGCCGCGCCCCGCGGUUUGCCGGGGACCACGUCACAGACAGCUUCUUCCAGGGGGUCAAGGAGAUGGCGCGGCUGAGUCAUCCCAACCUUGUCACAUAUAUGGGCGUAACGUGUCUCAGCGGCACGGAUAUUUACGCGGUCGCCGAGUUUAUGGACAAGGGCAGCCUCAUCUCAGUGUACCAGGCGAUGCCGCUGACAUGGGAAGUCCAGCUGGACAUGGCCACCGACGUCGUCGAAGCCAUCCACUACCUGCACACGCUCAUGCCGAUCCCCGUGCCCGUGGAACACCUCCGCAGCUCCAACAUCCUCGUCUCAUCUUCGUUUGCAUGCAAACUCAAUAUCUUUAACUUCAUGGCGUCGUACAAGGCAAGUACCAUGUGCAAGGAAAUGUAUGGCAACAACCAGCUCGCGUGGCGGGCCCCCGAAGUGCUCAAGAACGAAAUGCACAACUUUCUAGCCGCCGACAUGUACUCGCUGGGGGUGGUGCUCGCCGAAAUUGGUACUGCCACACGGCCGUUUGAUCGAGAAAUCAGCGAGGUGGGGACAGUACACACCGACGUGUGGAUGGUGGACAGCGUGAUGGCGGGCAAGGGGGUGCCGCUGCCGUACGAUCCCAAGAGCUCGAAAUGGAUGGUUCUGCCGGAAGAGUUUCAGAAGCUCGUGCACGCGUGCCUGCACUUGAACCCGACCAAGCGACCCAACUCUGGCAUUGUACUGCAGCGCCUCAAGACACUCAAGAUGGAAGGCAUCGAAUUGUAGACACACACACCAUAUGUGUGACACCGUUCGCAGAGAGUGUGUGUAUAUAUAUGUAUGUACAAUGUA